AUGCUCGUCAAAUAUCAUGCGAUGUAUCCCGUCACCGCUUGUUCGUCCCCCGUACAAGACCAAGAGGGUACUCCUAAACCUUUCUCCCGGAUUCCCAUUCGAUCUGCCAUGAACCAGCUUCCGGCCGUUCCUUUCCUUGUCCCAUCCAUUCUCGAGGCGCUGCAGACAUCACCAGAGUAUCGAGAUAUCACAAGUGUCAUACCGGGGGAAGCAGACUUGUACUGUGCUAAGUCUGUGAAAGAUGCUGGCGGAAUCGUGCUUACCAGUGACUCGGAUCUCCUGGCUCAUGACCUCGGACCACUUGGUGCUGUAGUCUUCUUUGGCGACAUAGAAAUGAAAGACGGGGAUAGUCUAUGGGCGCCUAUUUAUCAACCAGCAACAAUCUCUGGUCGAUUGGAUUUACAUGGGCCACGAGGACUACAAGCGCUUGCGUUUGAGAUGUUUCUAGACAAUCAUGGCUCACUUCCCGUGCUGGUUAAGAAAGCUAACCAUGAGCACAGUAUCAAACUUUUCCAGACUAGGUUUGAGGACUUCCAGAGAGAAUAUGUCAGCUUGGCAGCCUCCCCACUCAAUACGGCAAUCAUGCCGCAAAUACGCACCGUUCUCCAGAGCCUAGAUCCUCGGAUAUCUGAAUUUGUGCUUCAAUUCCCCUUUAUUGCAGAUAUUGCAGCUCAGCCACCUUACCCAGGGGCUCAUUCUUCACCACAUAUUUUUCUUCCGUUCUCAUAUGAUUGUCCGAUACGAACCACGGCGUGGGAGCCCUCGAGAGGCGUACGGCAGCUUGCUUACGGGUUAAUCAACCUUGUGGCGCCAGAAAAAGAGCAAAUCUCCACGACCUUUGAGCAUAUACGACAAGAAACAGAAUCGGGUGGAAGAGAACUACAGGUUCCAGGCAGUGACCAGUUAGUCAGACUCUGCGCAUCUCUGGUCAAUCUCUUUAAGGACACCAUUGCAAAGUUCCCUAGCAUAUCUGCCCUUGAUCUGUGGACAACGAUGGCGGUCGUUCAAGAUAUCCAGUUCUCGCACCACAACUCAAAAGCAAAUCUUGGACAGAUAGUCAAGCAACAAGUUCUUCAAAGCAAGGAAAAGCUUCAUGAAAGCCUUACUUGGGAGAUCUUACACUAUCAUGCACAACUACAGAGCAGUCUUUAUUCUUUCAGGAUAUUGAAGCAAAUUUUGAGUGUUCUGCUUACUUAUUCGACAAGCGAAAACCUACCCGUAGUGAUGUCGAGACUUCAAGAGACUCUUGCGGGCCUGCCGCCCAUUUCUGAAGUGCAAGAUCUUGGAAGCGCUAUCUCUACUGUCAAAUUCAUUAGAAAUAUGGACAUGAUGAAGGGAGCCCAGGAAAUAUUAGGUAUCACUAUACCAGAAAUUUCUUCGAAGCCGAAGAUGACGCGCCGGGAGGUGAAAAGAAACAGGAAGGCCGAUAAACGGAACAAAAAGCCUACAAGAGACAAUCAAACGUCCAACAAUCCUUUUGAGCUGCUUGGCAGUGAGUAG